UGUAAAUGGCGGACAUUUUGUUGGGCUAUACGGUUUGCCGAUAACAGCGAGCUUAACCUCAGGGUGGGAGACCGGAAAAAAACUCGCCUGGCCUCAAACAGAAAGAAAUGGCAGCAAUUCGUAAGAAGCUGGUGAUCGUUGGAGAUGGGGCUUGCGGAAAGACCUGCCUUCUCAUCGUCUUCAGCAAAGACCAGUUCCCUGAAGUUUAUGUGCCUACAGUGUUCGAGAACUACGUGGCCGACAUCGAGGUGGAUGGCAAACAGGUUGAGCUUGCCUUGUGGGAUACAGCCGGCCAGGAGGACUACGAUCGGCUACGUCCGCUCUCCUAUCCCGACACUGACGUCAUUCUGAUGUGCUUCUCCAUCGACAGCCCAGACAGUCUUGAGAACAUUCCAGAAAAAUGGACUCCUGAAGUGAAACACUUCUGUCCCAACGUCCCCAUCAUCCUGGUGGGCAACAAGAAGGACCUGCGUAACGAUGAGCACACCCGCCGCGAGCUGGCCAAGAUGAAGCAGGAACCAGUCAAACCAGAGGAGGGCAGAGACAUGGCCAACCGAAUCUACGCCUUCGGAUACAUGGAGUGCUCUGCCAAGACGAAGGACGGCGUGAGGGAGGUGUUCGAAAUGGCCACCAGGGCGGCGCUGCAGGCCAGAAAGGGCAAGAAGGGCACCAAAUGCCUCCUACUGUAAACGGACAGGACUCUGCGCUGGUUCUGUGCUGCAGGGAGAGAGGGGGGGAGCCGAGCCCCCCCGGUUCCUCGGCCUGAAAUGACUGUGCACAACCAUAAACCGCUUUUUAUUUUAUGUCUUUUAAAACGAAACCAGUACAGCUAGAUAUGGAAGUUUUUUUUGUCAGUAUUUAAAGAGGCAGAUAAGGAGUAAUGCUGUUUAUUGUACCUUUAUACACAUAACGAUUGAAUUUGCCAUAUUAACUCAUACCGAGCCAAUGGUAAAAUGGGUCUGCCAGUUGACAUUCGAGUCGUGUCUGCUUAACCGAGCUACUUGUAUUGGUGCGUUUCGUCAUUUCACUGUGACCGAUAGCCCAUGCAGUUAUUUCGGAUUAUAAAUAUGCAAUGAAGACGAAAAAGAUGAUCAGGACCAAUGUGCAAUACAGAAAAUACACGCGUUCGUUUAUUUUCUGGAAUGCAUACACUUGGACAAGACUUGAAACUUCUUCUUUGUUUCCUUUGGUGUUUUUUCUUCUCUUUCUUUCUUUAUUUCUUUCUUUCUUUCAAAACAAACAGAAACCUAAUUUGGUAUCUUUGUGUAUUAAAAAAACUUUUUAAGAA